AUGUUAAGCAAAUUUAUCUAUAGACCAUUUAUCUUCAAACCUUCAUAAAUAUUCCUUCAUAAUAAUGUAUGUUUCAAGUUCUCUUAUGACAAUUACAGCAAUAAAUAUUUCGAGUUUUAAAACUAAAAUCAAGAUUCAAAUUUGAGAGUAUCUCCUUUGACAGUAUCUGAAAAUAGCUAAUAUAUUUUAAAACUUGGUGCCAACAAUAUCAAAGUGAAGCAAGUUGGCCAAGAUUUAGCAAGCAUGGUUUAAGCAAGUAAUUUAUAUUUGACAUUUCUACCUAAAAAAGGAAAUAGAGUACAGUAUGACCUUAGAAAAAGUUUCGUGAUUUAUCCAAAGCAAUUACCAAAAUUAAUCUAUUUAAAAUUUACAGAAGAAAAUGCCUAGAUUUAUAAUAUUUAAUAUAGACUUAAAUAAGCUGAAUAAGUUAAAAGGCUGGUAAUAGAGAAGACCAGCAACUCAAAUAAAGUAAAGAUCUCAAUGGAAGCAGAUUAAACACAUACAGAAAAUGGAUAUUUUCACAGCAUAGAAAUUAGCUUGUACGAACUAAAUUCGCUUUAGUACCUCUUACAAUAAGUGUAUUUCUAGUUAACUGGAUUUUAGUAAUCUUUAGAAUGUAUAGAUCUUAUAGAAGAAGGCACACAUUGA